UUCAUCGGCUAUUGAUGAUCGAUGUUGCCAAACAUUGACAUUUGCCGCAAGCACGGAUUUUAGCGCUUUUAUUUGCGUUCAUGUUUACAAUCGCUGGAACGAUGGAACAAGAGAUGAUCGACAUUGAAAGUUAUCGUAAAACGGUGAAAAAUUUUAUUGAUUUGCGUCGGUACCAGACAGCACUGUUUUGGGCCGAAAAAGUAACAGUUCUAAGCAAUGGCGAUCCGCGUGAUGUUUACUGGGAGGCGCAGUGUAUGUUUCUGCUGCGGGAAUUUCACCGGGCAGCGCACACCAUUCGAAGCCGAUCGCUGGAGAAAACGAACCUGUUGUGUCACUAUUUGGCCGCAGAGUGCUUGAAUGAGGCGAAGGAAUAUCAAUCAGCACUGGAGAUCCUAAAUUCGGUGGACUGCGAAACGCUAUCGUAUGCAUUAAGUGGCAAAACUGGUUCACAUUCGUCCAGCAUGAAAGACGAUUCUACAACGGACGAGAGCUACGACGGAAGCAUGUAUGAGGAUCCGUUCAAAAACGAUAUCAUUGCAUCGGUGUAUUUUUUGAAGGGCAAAAUACUGGAGUCGAUGGAUAAUCGCAGCCUGGCAAUGGACUGUUAUGUUCAAGCGCUACACAAAUCGGUUUACUGCUCCGAAGCGCUAGAUGCUUUGGUGCAACACGACAUGCUGAUGGCUUGGGAGGAGAAAGAAUUGAUGCAACAUAUUCCAAUGGCGCAGCAGUGCACAGAGCCAGAAAGAAAGGUUCUCAAGCGUCUGUACGAGAGUAAGCUGAAGAAAUAUUACGAAUCAAUCGCUAUGCAAACCAACCUGGAUGAUCCACCCGUAUCUUCGAUGAACACUAGUUUAUGGCAUGAAUUAAAGGAGAAGAUGAAAAAUUGUAAAAACAACGAGACAAGCAAAUCAUCAGUAUCCAAAAGUUUCACUCCAGCUCCCCGCACAAAACAAAAGCAGAGGGAGAUAAUGUCACCGGCAAACAAAAUUCUGGAGGACCUUAAAAACAAUCCCUCCUAUCUGAUUCAUACAUCGUUGACUAGAGCAUCACUGCUUGGUACAAGCCUAACAGGUGGCUCAACAAUGCUCAGCGUAGGCGGGGCAAAUAAUUCUCGGCAGGAGACGCCUUUUAGAAUCAAUCGUCCCAAGCCAAAUCCUGGCGCAUCGGUAGUUUCGUACGAACAGUGCAUGGAAAAGCUUGAAUCAAGCAUAGACCUAAUGAUCGCACGAGCUGAACAGUAUUUUUACAGCUGUGACUAUCGGCGAUGCAUCAAAAUGUUGGAAGAAAUUCUGAAAAACGAUCCCUAUCACAAACGAUCGCUUACGGUGCAGAUUGGAUGUUUGAUGGAGAUGAAAGACUUCAAUCGGCUUUUCUAUGUUGCUCACAAGCUUGUUGAUUUUUAUCCGGACGAUGCAAUCUCAUGGUAUGCCGUGGGGUGCUACUAUGAUUUGAUCGGUAAAAGUGAUCCAGCGCGUCGUUAUCUUUCCAAAGCAACCACUCUCGACCGCCUGUACGGUCCGGCUUGGUUGGCAUACGGCCAUUCGUUCGCAAAGGAAAACGAGCAUGAUCAGGCAAUGGCAGCUUAUUUUAAGGCCACGCAACUGAUGCGCGGAUGCCAUCUGCCACUGCUGUACAUCGGAGUUGAAUGUGGGUUGACCAAAAACCAUGCAAUGGCUGAAAAAUUUUUCUACCAAGCUAUGUCCAUCGCUCCCCUGGACGUGUUCGUUUUGCACGAGCUAGGCGUGAUCAAGUACGAGUGUGAGCAUUACGAAUGUGCAGAGGAAGUUUUCCGCAGCACGUUGGAAAUGGUGCGCAAUAUGGUGAAGCAGAAUAAUGAACAGUUGACCGCCCGGUGGGAGCCAUUGUUGAACAAUUUGGGACACUGUUGCCGGAAAAAUAAAAAGUACGAGGAAGCUCUGGAGUUCCACCGAUGGGCUCUUUCUCUGAAGCCGUUGAAUGCUGCCACGUACACAGCUAUCGGAUUUGUGCAAGCGUUAAUGGGUCAAUUAUACGAUGCAGUAGAUUCAUUCCACAAAAGUUUGUCUCUGAAACGGGAUGACGUGUUUACCACUACUGUACUGAAGUACGUUAUCGAAGAUCUGACAGAGGUGCAAUCGCUUCCAUUCUAUGCUGCGGAGGAUGCCGAGGAAGAUUGCGGCGAUAAGGAAGGAGAUCAAGCGGAAAAGUCUAGGGACGAGAGUAAAACUUUAGACAAACUGAAUACUUGCAAUGCCACCGAAGGUGACAGCGAAGAUGUUAGAGAUAGUGCUCCACGACCUACCUUGCGCAUGCAACUCAAUUUUGACGAAUGGUACACGAAAACGUCCCCCAUGAGCGAUACUAGUGCGGAUGAUAUGAGCAUUGAUAUUUAGAUUGAAGGCAAACAAGCUUUGGAACGGUUUUGAUAAAAUAAGCUCUAUUUGAAUAAUAAAGGUAUACAAAUUUGCAAAAUUUGGCCUCAGCUACUUUACUGUUCAAGUUUCAACUGAUACAGCAGAGUGUGCACCUACCUUUAAAA